AUGGCUCGAUCACUUUAUUUUGUAAAAAUGUUUCCUGAUGUUCCAGCUCCUUUCAAAGCUACACCUUUAUCAGUUGGAUUUGAUAUUGCUUCUUAUGAAGAUACAAUCAUUCCACCGCGUGCUCAAAUAAAGAUCGGAACUGGGUUGAAAGUUACUCCACCUAAAGGGACAUAUAUACGAUUGGCUUCACGCUCCAGUUUAGCUUUAAAUGGGAUAACAGUUCAAGGAGGUGUGAUUGACCCAGAUUAUACUGGUGAGGUGAAGGUUAUUCUUUAUAACCACACAAACGAACAAUUUAUAAUUGCUAAAGGAAUGCGUAUCGCCCAGAUGAUUUGUGAGAAAGCAACAUUCCCUAUUCUUUAUGAAAAGACUGAAAUAGAGCAUAAUACAGUUCGUUGUGAUUGUGGUUUAAAAUGUUUUCAAACAACUCCAACAGUUCCAACAACUCCAACAACUCCAACAACGCCAACAACUAUACCAGUUCUCAACCUACUGAAAGUGCUUCAAACUCGAGACCAGGCCGCUUCGAAGAUAACUUUAUGCAACUCAUGA